GAUCGCAGGUUUAAAAUGACCUGGAGCAGAGCUGAGGAAUACAUAAUGCUGUCCAGCAAGACGAGGCAAAGAGCCAGAAACACAGCAUGGUGAUCAUCUUCAUAUACUCAAGGGUGUCACAGUGGGAUGAGAGGCUGCACCUGCUGCAGCCAGGACUGACAUCUGACAUUAGACAUUAUAUGGAUGCCUGAGGAGCACAGUGGCCUGUUGAAUAAAGUCUUUCCAUGGGUGGUAUGAAAAGGAGAAGGAACAUCAGAUUUCAAAACCCAGGACUGGAUGUUAAUGAAAAGACUGAAUCUGGUUCCUGUGGGUAAACAGCCCACUUUCUGUCUAUGUAAAGUUUAUACCAAACAACCUGAAGAUGAUUUACUGUAGAGUGCCCUAUAUUUAACCCAUGAUAUAGUCAGAGUAAGAGCUGCCUGUGGCAUUUAGGCUGCACAACUGAACAGUUUUUAAUGCGUAAUGGGCACACUGCUGCAUUCUCAUUGAAAAUCACAGGAAGGGUACCACAGAGAUAGUGGAGGGAGGGACUGCCUCUCCACCUCACAACGUCUCCAUCUCACGUUACCGAGCUAUAGUGGCGGAGUCAGCACGGAGCCAACUGCGCCAAUAAAGCCUGCAUUCUCACCCAAAGGCAAUAAAACUCAGCUCAGAGGCCCAUUUUGCUCCUGUAUCAACAUUUUAUACCUAACUGAAUUUCCUCUACGCCCGUAGCCGCGGUGAGUGGGCACCACCGGCGGGUGGAUUCACAAUAGGACGGGAUUGCGUGCCACAACUAUGCCCGGUCGGUCGGUGUCGUGAGUGACGGUGGCAGCUGCGGAGCUGGAAGAAGAAUAUUCUCAUGGGACUUCGCGGUUGUGGAGCGCCUGAUCUGGAGGCAACGUGAGGAGCGCACAUACCUCCAGAAAACAGGCGACAACAAGAUUCUCCCUCCCGCGCCCUACAGCUGCCAAAGAGCUGACAGAUUGGUAAGAAAAGGCACCGGGAAAGAGAAAAAGACUUCAUCUUUCUGCCGGGCACAGACGUUCAAAGACAAAAGGCUGUGGUUUACAUAGUAUGGGAGCGCUAUGUUGUCCAGGAAAGGACUCAUUCCUGAGGAUUACUUGCUGACACGUUUGGCUGAGGGGGUCGUGCAGCCCAAAUUCAAGGCGAAACCGGGGAAAGCUCGGUUCGUCGCCAAGAACGGCACCUGCAAUGUGGCGCACACCAACAUCCGUGAACAGGGCCGAUUCUUGCAGGACGUCUUCACCACUCUUGUGGACUUAAAAUGGCUCCACACGCUCAUCAUUUUCACCAUGUCCUUCCUGUGCAGCUGGCUCCUUUUCGGGAUGAUCUGGUGGCUCAUUGCCUUUGCGCACGGCGACUUGGACCAGAGAGGAGACGACUUUGUCCCGUGCGUAACGGACAUUCACUCCUUCUCCUCGGCUUUCCUGUUCUCCAUAGAGGUCCAGGUGACCAUCGGCUUCGGGGGACGGAUGAUCACGGAGGAGUGCGUCUCCGCCGUCAUCCUCCUGAUCGUGCAGAACAUCGUCGGACUGCUCAUCAACGCCAUCAUGCUCGGCUGCAUCUUCAUGAAAACUGCGCAGGCCAACCGGCGUGCGGAGACGCUCAUUUUCAGCAAGCACGCCGUCAUCUCCGUCCGAAACAACAAGCUGUGCUUCAUGAUCCGCAUCGGGGACCUGAGGAAAAGCAUGAUCAUCAGCGCCACCGUGCGGAUGCAGGUGGUCAGGAGAACCACCACCGAGGAGGGCGAGGUGGUGCCUCUGGACCAGAUCGACAUCCAUUUGGAUAACCCGGUGGGCACCAACGGCGUCUUCCUGGUGUCCCCCCUCAUCAUCUGCCACGUGAUCGACAAGGACAGCCCUCUGUAUGACCUGUCCGCCUCUGACCUGCAGCACGAGGACAUCGAGGUGAUCGUGGUGCUGGAGGGAGUGGUGGAGACCACGGGCAUCACCACGCAGGCCAGGACCUCCUACGUGUCGGAGGAGAUCCUGUGGGGCCAGCGCUUCGUGCCCACAGUCUCCGCGGAGGACGGCAUGUACGCGGUGGACUACUCCAAGUUCGGUAACGCCGUGAAGGUCCCGACACCGUGCUGCAGCGCCAAGAAACUGGAUGAGUCAGGUGGCAUCGCUCGGUUUAAACUGAACGAGGGCGUCACCUUUCGGGCGUCUGUGAGAAGGCGGCGGGGCACCUCGGUGGUCCGCAGGUCCAGGAUGGAGUGCUCUUAAACUGAGGAUCCAUGUAAACCAUGUCUGCCAGCAUUUUAUAUGAGAAUUAAUUGUUUAAGUUUGAGGAUUGUUAAAUGACAAAAUUAUAUUUAUUUUAUAAUAAAUAUCCUCCUUCUGUUAUGGAUGACCUGUAAUCACUAAUCCGCAUCACAUCUCCCCAUACAGUCCAAUGUAUGCACACAUCAGCAAGCUUUUUACUCAGGGUCAGUGUGGAAAUGCACAAAGACAGAAUGCAGAAUGAGAAAUAUGAGACGUGACUGUUAUAAAACCUGAGGAGCCCAGAAUGAUGAAGAGAAAGUCCUAUUUGAUCUUUUUUUUUUAUUAUUAAGAGUGACUGUAUGUAUCUAACAGCAAUAAAGGAGCAUGCUUCA